AUGAGUGGAACAUCUGGUAUGCGGAAGAGUCGAGACCGGAAUGAGUUAGUUACGGAUGUCAAGGACAGCAACUGCUUCGCAGUACUACACACCAAACUAAGCGAAGAUGAUAUGAAAAAACUGCUGGCGGAUGCGAUGAUCGAUGUAAGCCUUGGAGACAAAUAUGCGAACAUGGGCCUAAACAUCCUGAAUACACCGGUAAAACAUGCAUUUGUAUGCUGUAGCUGA